AUGAUUUCCUCGAUCGUCUACACUGCGGCUCUCCUAUCCUUGGUCAACGCUCACGGUGCUAUCCUCAGUGCUCAAGGUGAAGCUGGAUCUCCAGCAAGCGUAGGGUUCCAAGUCAACGAUGCUAUCGCACGAAACUGCACAAGCAUCAGUCCAUGUCAACAAGAUACCACGAUCAUUCGAGACGCUGAGAUCAAGGCCAACAUUGUUAACGAAUGCGGCCGAACGGAAUUGACUGGCAACAUUGAUAUCGGAGAGAAUACCGAGAAUGCUCUCGCAGCAAACCAAGUAACCUCUGUCAAGGCCGGCACAGAGAUGACUGUGACUAUCCACCAGGUCAAUGCUGAUGGUGCUGGACCAUAUGCAUGCGAUUUGGAGGAGACUGGUAAUACUGGUGUCUUCACUCAAAACCUGACCGUUACCAACAACGUUCCCGGUGUCAACGGCUUCUCCCAGGCGAAGACCCAGGACUUCAAUAUCACCGUCACUAUGCCCGACUCCAUGAACUGCAUUGGAGGCUCUACCGGAAACAUCUGCACAGUCCGAUGCCGAAACAACGCUCAAGCAGGUCCCUUCGGAGGAUGCUUCGCUGUUCAACAGACCGACGUCACCCCCAACGAGAACUCUGCCAACACCAUUGCUACCGCAGCUACACUCCCAGCUGUUCUUGCUCAAGUCAACCAAGACCAGCUCGAUUUCGAUGCUGCAAACAAGGCCAACCAAGUUUCGGCGCAAGGAGCUGCAGCUCUCAAGGCCGCAGGAGCUGAACUCCCAAUUGUCAGCAAGGCAGCUGAAGUUCAGACUCUUUCCAGAGAGAACAUCAAUGGAGCAGCCGCUACACCAGCUGCUGGAGCUGGAGCCGGAGCUGCGAAGGGCGCCGGAAAAGGAGCUGCCAAGGGUGCUGGAGCAGCAAGUGGUGCAGAUGCUGCGACUGCGACCAAGGCCCCAGGUGCCACCAAGGGAAAUGGAAAUGGCCGCAAUCAGAACCAGAACAACAACAAUAACAACAACAACAACAAGCGAGCUAUCAAAUUGACCGUUUAA